GAGCCUCGGCGUGAGGGCGUCUGUGCGCCCUCCCUCCUCCAGCGCCUCGCCUCGGGGCCGGCCGGGGCGAGGAGGAGGAGCAGCUGGGCGGACAUGGCCGGACCCGACAACUGGGAGCGCCUGAGGCCGCUGCAGCCGGACGCGCUGCUUGUGAGUGAGGCAUCCAUGAUCAACCCGGAUGUGUACAAGGACACACAGCUCGUGAAAAAAACUAUGGAUGUCAAAAGGCCUCGAUUUGAUGCAUCUUUGGCGCUUUUGACGCGAAAAUUUAUGGCUCUUCUCAAAAAAGCUCCAGAUGGUGUCCUUGAUUUAAAUGAAGUAGCAACAACACUUGGAGUACGAAAACGAAGAGUGUAUGACAUCACUAAUGUGUUGGAUGGAAUCCACUUGAUCCAGAAAAGAUCUAAGAAUCUCAUCCAGUGGAUAGGUAACAAUCUUGACCAAGUUGUUGGAAAAGCACCACAGCAGCAAAUCCUUAGAGAUGAACUUUCUGACUUAGCAGCCAUGGAAGAAGCUCUGGAUGAAUUAAUCAAGAAUUGUGCUCAUCAGAUAUUUGAACUAACAGAUGACAAAGAAAAUGCAAAACUAGCUUAUGUGACAUACCAAGAUAUCCGAAGCAUUCGGGCAUUUCGGGAACAGAUUGUGAUGGCAAUCAAAGCUCCAGAGGAAACCAAGUUGGAAAUACCAGUUCCUAAAGAUGAUCACAUAGAAGUACAUGUGAAGAGCACCAAAGGACCCGUUGAUGUGUAUCUAUGUGAGGUGGAAGAAGAUAAGCCAGAUGCCAAAACUUGUGAAGAUAUGGACACUGUCACUAAUGAAAGUGAAACAGAGACAUCAUUUUAUCCUGAUGAAGGAAAGUCCUGGGACAUUCACAUGUGGCCUGAGGGUGUUCAUCUCUGUGUGACGGGCAGCAGUGUUGUCUUAGAUGAUGUCAAGGACUCCAAAAGUGUCCCAUGAUCCACAACACUAUCCCAUCCAGUGUGAAGCUUCCCAACCCAACAGGGUAUGUGUUCACUGCAAGAGAUUGUUACAAGCAUGCAAGUGAUAGGUCCGAAUCACUCUCUAGUCCCCUUGUCGAAUUAAAAGGAGGCAGAGACAGCUUUGAGAAGCGCUGGCCAGCACUUCCAAAGGACCAGCAGCAUUGUACUCCUGCGUAUUUCCAAUAUUUCAACCUUUAUGAUGUGUCAUGCAACAGAAGUGAUGCAGAUAAUACUCACAGCAGAGAGAAGAGUGGCAGAAACCCUCCUCUGCUCUAAGGUACUCUGAGGUAUAAACUGACAGCGUAACAGCAAGGAUUUAAUAAAUCACAGCAGUCUCUCAAACUGCUGUGACUUACACCUAUGGGCCAGAGAGCCCUAAGCUUCACCUAAAUGCACAAAGCAGCAAAGGAAAACUCGAGGUCACUUUGUUCUUACCCUCUCCAAGCUACACUUACUCCUGAGACUUACAGCAGAGAAUGUGGCACAUCGCCACCACGUAAGCAUUUCAAUUAACCUAGAUUCACAGCUUCACUUCUGUCUUCCCAAUGCAUCCAAGAAACUAUGAAACUACUUUAUUAACAAAAACAAUGUUAUUUAGCUGGGGAGAAUUAUGUAAGCAAUUGAGAGCCAGGCAGAGACCAAGUCCUGCAUUAUCAGACACACCCAGGCAUUAUGCAGCUGCUUUUGAUUCACACCUCCUUUUCUUGACUCUGGUAUUUGUGCUUAAGACACUGACUUUAACACAGCAACAGACAGUACCAACUAAUAGUUCUGUAUUUAUCAGCUAUAUAUGCUGUUAGAAGAAAUGGGAAGGAGCUACCUGGCACACCUUCAGAGACAAAGGUACAUCCCUUCCCAAGCAGAACAGUAGAUAUAGGCCUUUACCUACAAAGCUUACCAGAUGAAGACAUUUUCUUUAACAUUUGCUUGAUUACUUUGGUUUGCAUUUAAUUAUACAGACGGCUGAGUGGUUUUGUAAUUUUAUAGCUGGCCUGUGCUAGUAAUUGAUGUGGUACUGUCAGUCUUACUGAGGCUGGUUUGGAAAUGCAUGGGGUUUGAAAAGCUGCUUGCAUUUAAAGCCUCUAGUUACAAUGCAAGAGAUUAAUUAAAUGAAAGAAUGUU